CCAAUCAGCUAUUACAGUUUCCUGUGUGAUAUAUUAACCGCUACAAUCCGUAGAAGUAAAAGGAAUGGUGUUAGUGGAACACGGCGAAUUUCAUUUCAUUUUAUUGCAGUAAUGUUUGGACUAACAAAAGGCCGAUAAGCCUCGCAUCUGCACGUGCGGCAAAAGUUUACCUAAAUAUUUGAAAAGAUGGCCACGGGUCGGCUAUGUCCUGAGGUAAAGACGACGACAUGACAACGACUUUCACACCGUGGGUUUAGUGAUCUAGGAUCGGUCACUCCGGGGCCAUGAGGAGAAGCUACAGUGGCCUGCAAGGUGCCAGUGGGUACUUCUAAAUGAUGUCAUUAUCGCCAGCAUCCAAUAUCAAGUGAUGAUAACAAAAUCAGUUGACACACACCAGUCCCAAUGUGGGAGUGCUCCCAAAGGCUGGAAGGAGUCCACUGGUGGUCUACCUAUAUGCCUUCCCUGAAUGAGUCAUCCUACCGGCUCCUGAUUGGACAACGCCAUGCCAUCCCCAGGGAUUGCCUUGCAGAGGCAGAAAGGCCCAGCUUCCAUUCACAGAAACAUUGAGGGAGAAGCAAUACGUGCUUUCUUCUAUAUUUGCUAGGAAGCAGAGCGAGAGAGAGAGAGAGCGAGAGAGGGAGGGAGAGAGAGAGAGAGAGAGAGAUGUUGGGAGGGACUGCAGUGCGAAAUCUGCAGCAGAAGGAGCGAGGGAGCUGCUUAUGAAUGGAUAGUCGUUCUCCUCCGCUAGAUGCUCCCGGGGACAUUUUUACAUGAAUGGGGUCUGGAUCCGCGCUCUCUAUCUCUGUUUUUCCGCCAUAAGGAGUCGGGGGAUGAAGACGAGGCUUGGCCGCUGACGGCGUGAACGAGACUUCCCCUUGCUUCUGGUUCUCUGCCGGCUGGUUUCAUUGACAUAUGUGCGCCCGGGAAACGUAUCGUGGGUAUUUUGUCGGCGCUCGAGUAGGUCUGGUUGCACGGAGAGGCUAAGGGGUUUAAUACCAGGACCUAGUGGAUCAUCAGUCUAUCGCAUGGUUCUUUCGGGUGUUAUUUCGGAGACGUUUAUCGGAAACUAUAUUGGUUUGUCGCCGCUCUCGGUUCGGCGUUUUUAUAAUCCUUUGUUGCAGAAUGUUGACAAAGGACUGAGAACAUGCUUAUGUAAACAGAAGAGGACAGACCAUGGUGUUUAGAUGAUGAUUUGUGGUUGUUAUGAUCGUUUUCAAGAUCCACAGAUGAAUAGAAUGGCGGAUAUUUUAGAGGUCCACCAAUUUAUGGAUUAAAAUACGAAGAUCGAAGGCCAGGAGUCAUUUUUUUCCUUUCCAUGGUUUUACAUGGUUAGUGGUGUUAUUGGCUUUGGGCUGUUGCUAUGGUUUUGUUUCGUAUGUUUCCUAUUUUUUUCUUUUCUAGAUAUCUUCCCUUAUUAUCUUCCAUGGUGGCGUAUGUACGAGGUAUUUAAAUAGGAGCAUUUUAUUACAAAUGCAGAAAAGUCUGUUUGCGGUCGUUUUGAAGUCAUAUUUAUUUUAGCUGCGAUGACAAAAGGGGCUAGUUGCACAAAAUCAUUUCACCAGGCUUAUUCAGGUGUUCAGUCAUUAUAGUUAGUUAAUGAAAACUGCAAUUCAUUCAUAAAAAAAAGCGUUUACCCUGGAUUGGAUUUUAAAGAAACUGCCAGGUUUAUUUGUGAAAUCGAUUGACUUGAUAACAGCGUAGCAUAUUAAUCUCAAAUGUUGCGAUAAAAUUCAACAUUAUGAAAUACAAAAGCGUUUCUACAAUGGAUGAGAAAUAUCAGACUGGCAAAUUUGAGAAUUGAUUGGUUCUAGUGUGCUGUAUGUGGGAGGAUUUUUCUCUCUCUCUCCUUCUGUCUCUCUCUCCCUCUGUCUCUCUCUCUCUCGCCCUCUAACAGGAAGUGAAUUGCAGUGUUCAGCAAGCCUUUUGUUGAGCAGGUUUUUCUCAGAUCAGUGAGUCAUGCUUUAGCUCGGAGCAGGCAGGCAGGCAGCAGAUACCGUUUUCUCUUUCCCCGGCAGCAGCAACCUUCGCCGGCCGAAUCCAUCAACAUCACUAACACGCAGCCCUUUUUCCUCUCUCCUCCCCUCUCUGGUCUCUUCUGUCCACGGAUCAAUAACAUUUGUAUCGUCGCCACGGAACAAAAACAAGCCAACUGUCCAUGUUGCGCUUAGAUUUUUUACUGCUAGGGUCUUGCGUUUGAGCCUUUCCCCCCCCCCCGCCCCCCUACCUCUUCCCGAUUCUCUGUUUUUGUUUUUGCGUUUAUUGAGUUAUUUUUCUUGGUUGAUGUGACUGACGGAUUCCGGACCGGACUGCAGCCUGUGGGUGGCGAGGAUUUUGAGGCUGAGCAGCGCAGGCGGCCGCUGUAUCGCGUCAACACAGGAGGGGGACAUUACGGUCAGGUGGCCUGUGUGAUUGCUGCGAGGCAUUGGCAGCCCGGUGCCACCGCUGCUAUGCUACAGAAGUGGGCAAUAAGUACCGCCGCUCAGACAACCCUGUCAAUACGCUCGUGAGAGAGAGAGGGAGAGAGAGAGAGAGGGGGACAGACGAGAGGGGGCAGGUUGCGUGUCGGUCAGCCGGAAGAGAGCGAACGAGCACAAAGAGCAAAAAGAGAGCGCGGGUGCGGAGGGGAGAGAGAGAGAAAAGGGCAUGCUUCACCGUACCAAAUACAACCGCUUCAGGAAUGAGUCCGUAACGUCCGUCGAUGACCUCCUCCACGGCCUGUCCAUGAACUCCAAGGUGUCGGCAGCCCCCUCGCCAGCCUCCGCCGUGACGCCCUACACCGCCCCCGCCGAGGUCCACCCGUCCGCCGCCGCCGCCGCCUCGCCGUCCGCCGUCGGCAGCCAGGGCUCGGACCACCACCCGGACGGCGAUGGGGGCACCACCCUCUGCACCCUCAUCAAUAAGGUGUCGCACCUCAAGUUCAGCAACUCGGGCAGCCUGCUCGGCAUCAAGGGCCUGCCCUCGGCCGUCAAGGACCUGGCCGUGUCCAAGUUGCAGGUCGGAGGCGGCGGAGGAGGUGGCGUUGGUUGUGGCGGCGGCGGCGGCGGGGGGUCAAGCCCCGGUGGGUCGGCCGCACACGUGGCAGCCCCCUGUGCGGCCGGCUCCAUGUGCAGCCACGGCUCCCCGGCAAGCGGCCCCGCCACCGGCAGCUCCGCCUGCACCAGCAGCUGCUCCCAGCUGGAGCCCGCCCCCGGGUGCAUGCACAAGAAGGGCAGGCCGGACGAGGCCCAGCCCGGCGCGGAGGACAGGACCCCGGGUCGAGGUGGUGGUGGAGGUACGGGCGCCGCCGCCACCACCGUCACCACCACCGCCGCCGGGCUGGUCAGUAAACCCCCCAGAGGGUGGCUUCACUCCAGUGAGAAGAUCUCUGGGCCUGGAGUUACAUAUAUCGUCAACUACCUUGGUUGCAUAGAAGUGCUACGGUCAAUGAGGUCCCUGGAUUUCACAACCAGAUCACAAAUAACACGGGAGGCCAUCAGCCUGGUAUGCGAGGCGGUUCCAGGGACAAAAGGAGCCCCGCGGAAGAGAAAGCCUCCUUCCAAAGCCCUGUCCAACAUCCUGGGGAAGAGCAACCUCCAGUUUGCCGGCAUGUCCAUCAACCUCAACAUCUCCACCAGCAGCCUGAACCUGAUGACCCCCGACUCCAAGCAGAUCAUCGCAAACCACCAUAUGCAGUCCAUCUCCUUUGCAUCGGGCGGGGACCCAGCCUCGCUUCAGGACACGACAGAUUACGUUGCCUACGUCGCCAAGGACCCGGUUAAUCGAAGAGCGUGUCAUAUCCUGGAGUGCUCCGACAGUCUGGCCCAGGACGUGAUCAGCAGCAUCGGACAGGCCUUCGACCUGCGCUUCCAGCAGUACCUUCAGUGUCCCUCCAGCAAGCCCUCUUCAACGCACGACAGGGUGCUGAACAUGGAGGAGUUCCCGUGGACGGAGGAGGAGGAGGAGCCGGCGGAGCACCCUUACUACAACAACAUCCCCGGGAAGAUGCCCCCACCCGGGGGCUUCAUCGACUCCAGACUGGCCGGCCAGGGCGGGGCGUCUGACGGAGGCCAGACGGGCUCCGGCUCCGUGGACCCCGCGUACUAUCAGGGACGCCACUGUGGAGAGAGCUGGGGCGAGGAGAAGACCCCCUCGCUCGUCAGUCAAGGGUCGACGGACACAUACAGCCUCCCGGAGACUAAGGGCCAGGCGUCUAAGGCGGGGGAGAUGCCCACGUACGUAAACACCCAGCAGAUCGACGCCCAGGUGCUGGCCGUGCUGCAGGCGGAGGCGGACCACGCCUCGGACGCCAAGAUCAGCCCGCAGAAGGACCUCUUUGACAUGAAGCCCUUCGAGGACGCCAUCCACUCCCAGCCGCCGCCCUGCCACCCCGGGGCGGGCCAGCCGCUGCCCCCGGCCUGCUGCUCCGCCGCGGCGCUCCACAAGGCCUCCUCGGUGGACAACUGCAGCCCCCUGCUGGCGCGCGCCGUGGCCCCCCGGGGCCAGGAGGAGCUGGGGGGCCAGGCCUGGUACCACGGCCAGAUGAGCCGGCGGGACGCCGAGAAGCUGCUGCGGGACGACGGGGACUUCCUGGUGCGCAAGAGCACCACCAACCCGGGUUCCUACGUGCUGACGGGCAUGCACCACGGGCUGGCCAAGCACCUGCUGCUGGUGGACCCCGAGGGGACGGUAAGGACAAAAGACCACAUAUUUGACAGCAUCAACCACCUGAUUGGACACCAUCGCGAUAACAGUCUGCCAAUCGUAUCGGCCGGAAGUGAACUGUGUCUCAAACAGCCGGUCGGGAGGAAAUAGCGACUCUAUAACAGACCCGGAGUCUACGAACAAUAGAAACCGUCAACUUGAAACUUGAAGAUUACAUUGAACAGAGAAGAUGUGAUAUUUUGUUUGAUGGCUCAAUGGGUUUUGGGGAGGGGAUGCAAAAACAGCCCGCAGUUCUUCAAUGGAGGCUUUGGACGAAGCAGGAUUGUUUGAGAUAAAAAUGAUUUAUAGAACUGUUAUUAUUUUGUUGUGAAGACUGAAAUGCUAUAUUUUUGAAAAGAUAUAUAGGUGCAUUUGGACAUAAUAUGUUGAUUUGGCGUUUUGAGAUUUAAAGAAAAAAACUCAAGCAACUGUUCUUGUAGUUUUGGUGAAACGCAAUUCAAACCUCAAAGAGGUGGGGGAAGAGUAUUUUAGAAUAAAAAAACAAACCCAAUUUCUUUUUUUUUCUGUCAAGCACAACCACGUUUUUACAGGUACUGUUGGCUAAGAGUUUGAAAAAAUAUACUGAAAUUGUUUGAAAAACCUACUGUUUGUAUCAAAACUAUUUUAGGACAAAAAAAAUCUCCUUUAAGCCCAGCAAUAGUGCAAACAGCUCAAUGAAUCAGUCACUAUAUCCAAUCGUUUUUUUGGUUUUAUCGGGGAGUAGUUGAGAAUGUUGCUUUGCAGUAUUAGUCACAAAGUGUUGGGGAUGGUACACCAACAUCCUUCAUAGUGCUGUCAAUGGCUUUAAAGAUUAACAACGUUUUUCUGUUUUUUAAAUGAAGUACUCUCUUGUGUCACUACGGUCGCAUGACUUGAAAAAUGUGUUCACGUGGACAUUGUUCAUAAACCUUGAUGCCCUUUUUCUCCUGAAGAGGUGCCUGCGUAUGCUCACACUGUAAAAUAUCUAUGCUUUCAAAGGAUAAUUCUUUCUCGAUUGGUUUUUAUCUGGAUUGUUUUCAAUAGGUGUGUAGUAAAUAAUUCAUUUUUUUUCUCGGGGCUUGAGUCAUGCAAAUGGAUGUUUUCACGCAUCCCUAAUUAGCAUUUCUGGCUUUAUCGUGACGUUUUAAAAGAAGAGUUUAUGAUUUGAUGAAUGGUCACAAAGGAAUAGCACAAUCUGAAACCUUAGAUCAUCUGUGUGAGUCGCACCGUGACGACUCACGCCAAUGUGUUCAGCAGUGAUUUACAAUAUAUACUAAAGAGACUGAUUUAGACAAAUCUUGUUGAUUAUUUCACUUUGUGCGCCCUCAAUUAAGAAUGUUGAAUAUUAGAUCACUUUCACUUAAAGUUGUAAAAAGAAAUAUGGAUUAGAAAUGGUUAUUUUGUUAUUGUUUUUUUACUUGAUUUAGUGUGUGAAUAUCUUCUAUUGGCAUCCCCAAAUUGAUAAUGUUUAUUAUCUUGCUUUAACCCCCUUUCUUCUUACGUUUAAAAAGUCAAAAAUUUAAGCAGUAUUGUUUCUGGUUAUAUUUGACUUCCAUCUUUGGAACGACCUCAAUCUUGACCAACAAUGUGUUGAUUGAAACGCAUCGUGCACAUUAGGAAACUGUAACUGUAGUUUGACUAAACAUGGGGUGCCCUUUGGAAUGAGCUUGCAAUGUGUUAUUCAACAAUUCAUUUUCCUUCAACCAUUCAUUCAACCAAUUUUGAGGACAGUUUUAUUUUUCUCAUGCUUUAUACCAAUAUGAAUUAGGUAUUGAGUUUAAUAUGCACUGGACAAGUAAAAUUGAACCAAAA